UGUUCAGAACCUCUUGCAUCUGAAUGUCCGAAACGUUGAGCGAGUUGUUAAACGUUCCAAACACAACAUAUCUGGAGCAUCUGACUGCCAUUGACCUCGAAACGCUACUUUCAGAGCCCGGUGUUCUUCAAACUCAGUCGCACCACUUGGCUUCCAGUUUAACUUCGUUAACCCAUGCAUCUUAUCCAACUUUUGUAUCCCUCUACUCCAGCACCUCCGAUCUCACCACUUCUCUUUCCCAGAUAUCUUCGUCACUAGAUGACCUUUUCAAUGAGUCUCUUCCCGCACUCGAAUCUUCCGUGUAUAGCUGGAACACAGAGACCGCCUCGGUGCUGGCUACCAGGCGUAAAACGUUGACUGUCCUCGAAACACACGACAAAUUACGCGAAUUACUGGAUAUACCACUUCUUAUCAAUACCUGCGCUCGAAAUGCGUACUUUUCCGAAGCGCUUUCGUUAGCUGCUCAUGCCCGAAAACUGAUUGCAGUUCAUUCAUCGCCACCACUUAUUCUUACAUCAAUUCUUGCGGAAGUAGAUGUGGCCAUGAACCAUAUGCUCAUAUCUCUACUGACGAUGCUACAUGAACCAAAUAAAAAGCUUCCAGUACUGUGGAAGGCUGUCAACUUUUUGCGCAAGAUGGAAGGCGCUUUUAAAGGCGAAGAUGAAAUCGCGCUUGCUUUUCUGAGUGGGAGGGAACAAUGUCUGAAAGGCUCUCUCGAGAGUCUGAGAAGAGAUAUAAUUAGAAUAGCUGCUUUGGAGGGGGAGCUUUCGACCAGGGAUAAGGAUGACCUAGUGAAGUACUUGGGGAAAUAUAUCGGAUUGUGGAGGGAAGGGGUAUAUGACUUGAUUACACAGUACGAGUCUAUCUUCCUCGCCAAUGUUCAAGAAGGCAACGCACUCUCACCGAAGCUGCAUGCGUUGUUGCAGAUGUACGUUUCGCAUGCGUUUAAAACCCAUCUCAUGCCCCUCCUUGAUUCUUCCCAGCAUUCCAAGGAACCUCCUAUCACAUCCCUUCCAAUAACGGCCCUUCCAUCACUUGUAACUCAGCUCACAUAUUGCGCUGCUGCCCUUGGACGCGUUGGUGCAGAUUUCCGGUCUAGCGUUGCGCGUUGCGUGAGUGACGCUGUAGUGCAAAUUUUCAGCAGAGAAAUUGUACUAGCUGAAAAACAUUUCAUUUCGCAAUUUCCACGCGACAUGUACAGUACUAAGGGGAAGGACGCUUCCAACCCAUCUGCUUCGAAGCGUGCAAACAAACUUGUCGCUCCGUCGAUGUGGCUUUUAACACAAGAGGAUCUAGGGUCGACUGAUCUUACCAGCUCACCUUCAUCAACCUUGAAUUCUACCCCGCCAUUUCACACCCCACCGUCACUUUUAACCUCCUUUACGCCCCUUGCAGCGCACGCCAAUGAGGUCAUUGAGGUUCUCAAUGCUCUUCGUGCUUGUGCACCUUUCAGUGUUGCUACAGGCCUUCCUGACAUCCUCGAAAACUCACUAAUCAGGGAGGGCCAGACGAUAUUUGACUACGUCAAAGCCGUCUUCGAGGUCGAGGAACUGUCAACGGUAGAUUCAGGAAAUUCUACAGGGCUCUCACGCGAAUCCGUUGUUGCUUUGGCUUUCGCCCGCGCAUUCUUCGAAGCUUGGACUCCAUGGCUCUUAAAUGCACUCGCUGUGGGUGUAUUCGGGUUGGCAGAAAUAAGGUUACAGCCAAAGGGAACGAAGGAGGGAUCCAAUUCGGAACUGGUUCAGUUGUUGGAAGGUUGGCAACGUUGGGCCCAGGAAGCAUCUACGUAAAAUGCCUCAUCAGUCGCUUGACCUAUAUAGUGACAAUGCGAUUGUAUUUCGUUGUUUCCCUAUUCUGAGUUGCCAGAACCAUAAACUAAUACUAUAAUGUAACACAACGAAUGAGAGAUAUGAUAUGACAAUCGUGCACGAAUUGACCACGAUAUAAAGACGUCAACCAUAUGCAUGCCAAUGUCCAAUGGUACGUACUUAAAGCAGUGAGCCGUCGAGCAAAACUAGGUAUGAUAUAGUAAAAUAGUAUCCAAUGUUCCGAAGGAGUGUGAAGCUGAAACCCUUGUGAAAAGUGGGGAUAACGCUAAGAGAAAUGAAACGAGCGAGGCGCGGGAACCCAUGGAGCGGGAGAACGCAGAGAGAGAGAGAAAGAGAGAGAG